GCGUUCUGCGAGAGGGCGGGGCGUAGCGCGCUGUGUGUGUUGGUGACCUGCAGACUGCGUCACAUUUGCGCAGAAACUCUGUAAAUAAGCGUUCGGAACCACGUGACACCAAGGAGCUGCCCGCGUCAGCGCUGUUCGUCUCUCUCAUUCAGGAUGUUUCCCGCAGGCGCGUGUCUCUGUGUCCUGUGCGGUUUACCGGCUGCGGGGAAGUCCCGCCUGGCGCAGGUGCUGCGGGAUCGCGCGCAGAGCCGCGGGUGGGAGACGCUGCUCGUGACGUAUGACGAACUGAUCCUGGCGCGCGACUGGCGCGAGAGUGAAUGGAAGCAGCAGAGAAAGACAGUGGUGAUGUGUUUGGAGAGAUUCCUGCGUCACACACACACUGAGACGACUGAAGACAUCUGGACACGCUUUGAGCAGAUGCACACGCAUCAGCAGCCCGACUCUCAAACACACACACAGCCGCUCGUCAUCCUGCUGGACGACAACUUCUACUAUCAGAGUAUGAGACACGAGAUCUACCAGCUGGCCAGAAACAACUCGCUGGGCUUCUGUCAGGUGUUCCUGCGCUGUGAACUGCACGUGUGUCUGCAGAGGAACCAGCAGCGGUCUCAGCGUGUUCCCGAUGAAGUUCUGCAGCAGAUGAGCGUCCGUAUGGAGCCUCCAGAUCCCACCAGAAACUCCUGGGAGCAGCAGAGCCUGACGGUGGACAACACGGAGAACAUCACAGACGCAGUCGUACUGAAGAUGAUGGACAUGUUGGGGUUUGCUCUGGAGAACCCGCUGAGGCCCAUUCAGGAUGAUUCACAGCAGAAGGAAGCAGACAGACAGAUUUGUGCGUGUAGUGUUGUUCAUCAGGCCGAUCAGAUGUGCAGACGGAUCAUAUCUCAGACGGUGACGUCAGCACGCGAAAAUCAGGCGUCUUCAGGAGUUUUGAAGGUUCUUGCUAAAGAGCUGAACGAGCUGAAGACUGGAUUCCUGCGGGAAUUCAAGAAGGAAGUUCUUCACCGAGUGUCGGUUUGUCCAGAAGAGCCCGUGAACACGGAGAAACUGCUGACGGAUGCGGCGAGAGCGUUUGAGCGGGACACGCACGAGAUUGCGUCCAAACACGGACAUUUAUAACACUUCACAUGUUAUUACAGAUUCACCUCACAAUGAUGUUUCUAAUCUUUCCCCCUUUCUGUAAGAUUUUUUGAUUGUGUUUAAUAUUUAAUUUGGAAUAUAUUUUUGUAAAUUAAUUUGAAAUCCAUUUUCACUUAUUGAGUCAUUAAUGCAUAAUUCUGUUUAAUGCUGCUCUUCAGAGUAAUUAGUGUGGGUUUAAUUAACACAGAAGUCUGUUAUUUGUGUCACUAAAGCAUUAUUUUAUGUAAGUUAAGUUUAUAAAUGACAUUACUGUAACAAACCUUUCAAAUAACUCAUAAUCAUUCAGUGGAUUCACUUUUAUUACACUAUGAGUAAAACAUCGUUAUAAUUACUGAUAAUCAUUUGAACAAAUCAUGAUGUCAUCUGACCCGGAAAUACACAGGCCCCGCCCUCCUGUCACGCUUUGUCCAAUCAGCGUCUGGCUGCGUGUGAUAUUUGCAUAUGUACAGAGCGAUUAUUCCAUGUUUAGCAGAGACGGUCAUUUAAAUUAUAAUGAAUGAGAGAAAUAGCAACGAACAUUGAAAGGAAGUCCCGCCUUACAGGUAAAAGAGCCAAUCAGCUUUUAGAUACAGACAUCAUAUAAUCAGUGAUGCUCAUUAUCGAUACAGUCCGGGACGGGUUUGUUUUUAGCGUGAUGUGAGAUAAAGAAGCACAAUUUAUGAUGGCGUUGUUGUCGGACUUCACUGCUGAUUUGAAAUGUGUUUUUGAUCGUAAUCUUGAACAACUGUUCUGGAGAUUUCGGUGUUCCCCCAUUCAAGUCCACAGAAGCAACACUUAUAUGCCCGCAGAGUGGACUGACUUACUAAAAGGACUUUGGUGUUUACUGAUUAUAUGGUCUCUAAAAACACGCAUUCAAUAUCAGGUGUAAUCAAAUUACAUUUUAAAUAUACAUAACAAUAAGUCAAGUCAUUUUUAUUUGUAUAGCGCUUUUUACAACACAUAUUGUUUUAAAGAAGCUUUACAGAA